CAUUGUCAAGCAGUACCAAUAGACCGUGAGGGUCAGCUGAUAACAGGUGUUGAAAAGGGUGGGAUUUCCUGUGGGGUUUCAGCUCAAUUCACUCCAGUUACUACAGCCUGAUAAUGUGUGUUUAUAUAUUCCUGCUCCUUUACGUCUCACAAGUCUCAGGUUCGCGGCUUGCUGGGUUACGACUGCAACUGGGUUCUGCACCUUUGAUGACAAAAGAGCAAGUGUGCAGCAAAUCCCACGUGGAAGUGAGUGUGUCCAGUCGCAUGGACAAGAAGACAAACCGCCGUCUGCUGAUCAGCUGGUGGGUGCCUCAGGUGGAGUCAGCUGAUAUGAUCGCUCUGUACGUGACAGACCCUGAGGUCAACCUGACCUCCCCUGUAUUUACUCUCUCCCCCUCCUCCACCUCUGGCUGGAGUCACACCCCUUUGAGCGAAACUUACCUCAACUACAGGGACACAUUCAUCCCCCAGUGUCUGGGCUAUUGGGUCAUUUACUGGCGAGGAUUUGAGAAGGUAGCAUCGUCAUGUCUUCAGACUCAUCCCACCUGGAUGUGGGAUCACCGGGAUCAGCUGGGAAGAUUCCGGAUGACUGAAUUGUUCCUGCCGGGAACACAUGACUCAGCAGCCUACUCCGUCAGCUUUGAAGCUCGUGAACUAACUCGCUUUGAAAAGUAUGUCUUCACACAGGAGGAGUCAGUAUUAUCACAACUGAUCCAUGGAGUUAGAUAUCUCGACAUACGACUUGGACAUCACAAGAAUGAAGGAUUCUACACUCAUCAUGGAUUUGUCAAGCUCAGGCACUUCCAAGGGGUUAUAGACGAUGUGAUUGUUUUUCUCAACAAUUCAAGGGAUAUUAUAAUUUUGGACCUGCAUCACUUCCCUGUUGGUUUCAAGACACAAGAUGUUCACCACCAGCUGGUCAAAUACAUAGAGGAUCAGCUGUCAGAGUACAUGGUGACACCAGCACUGAGUUGGUACUCUACAUUGAAUGAUAUCUGGAAGACUGGCAAACAGCUGAUAGUAUCUUACAACAACCAAGCCGUAGUCGCUAGAGGCACUCACAAGCUAUGGUAUCCUGUGAGACAUCAGUGGGCCGACACUAAGAAACUGGACUCACUCAAGACUUUCUUGGAUUCCGUCAUGAGGAAAAGGCCGCUGGGAGCCUGGGCAGCCAUGGCAGAGUUGACCCCGGACCGCUGGGACGUACUACUGGACUCUGCUGGAGGCUUACGAACAAUGGCAGCCGACACCAACAUUAUGGUGACAGAGUGGUUCCGUGGAGCGUGGGGAGUCAAAUGCAACAUAGUAGCCGUUGACUUUAUCAGAGGCUCAGGCAUUGUGAAUGCAGCCAUCCAGUGGAACCUCAAGAAAGCAUUCAACCUAUGUAUGUAGCAUUGCAUUGGUGAUCCAAAAAAAGGUUUCAGGACCCAAAAAUCUAUUUUCUCAAUUCCUCGUAUUCUCUAUAUCAUGUAGUAACUCAAGAGUAUAUUUUUAUACAGUGUCCUUUUCUUAUAAACAGUACCUAUAA